CUAUCAUCGAGUCAUCGUUCAGAGACAGAGGCUGGUCGAUCGUCGGUGACUGAUGGCGAUGGCGGCGGCGCAAUUGGAGGCGGAGGAGGAGCUGCGGCUGGAACUGGAGGCGGUGGCGGCGGUGUACGGAGACGACGUCCGCGUGCUCCGCGACCUCCCACCGCACCUCUUCGUCCACGUGCGGCCCCGCACCGCCGACGACACCUCGCAGCAGUUCGUGGAGCUCUUUCUUGGCAUUAAAGCAUCUUCACAGUAUCCGAAGGAACCACCACAUAUUUAUGCUGUGGAAAGUAAGGGCCUUGAUGAGAACCGACAGAUAUAUCUUAUCACCAGCAUCCAGAACAAGGCAAACGAACUUUCAAACUGUCCAAUGCUUGUGACGUUAUGUGAGGAAGCUGGAGAGAUCCUCUCGAACAUGAAUCAUCCAGCAGGGGAUUGUCCAUUGUGUCUAUAUCCUUUAAUGGGAGAGGAUAAGGUUGGCUCGGAGUUGCCAUUUAUGAAGUUGAUGUCAUGCUACCAUUGCUUCCACAGUGACUGCAUUAUGAGAUGGUGGGAAUGGCUCCAACAUGGUGACACAAACCCAAAGGAGCCCAAUACUGGAGACAAGCAUUAUAAUGUGAAUCAGCCAAGAGGAUUUUGUCCUGUUUGCCGCAAAGUGUUCGAUGAGAAGGAUAUUGAGCAUGUUCGUGAUUUGUUGGGUGACAAUACUUCCAGGCUGGCAUCACUAACAGUUGACCUUGGUGAAGAUGAAAAGGAAUUGCUCCAUUCCGAGGCUGAGCAAAACAGGAGAAAAAGAAUCGAGUCACUUGUUAAUCUGCAGCAAGAACUAAACGGCCUGAUUGAACCAAAGAAAGACCUUGCCAUACAACCAGGAAUGUACGUUUCCGUUCCUCCCAGCACGCCAGACACAGCUGAAGAAGAGAAUGCUGAUCCCAGCCAAGGCACGGCUACUUCGACCUCAGAAACUGAGCAACGUGGCCAGGCAAGCAACGCCAGCAGCAACAAGCCGAAGAAUCCAGGCCAUCGAAGGAGAAACAGAGCUAAUGCAUCAAGACGACAGCCUCACGGCCAGGGCCAGCCAGCUAGGCAGCAGUGGCAGAGGAAAGAAGCAGGCACUUCACACCAAUAAAACAACAUCGAAGCAACGAGGAGGAUGUGACCUGUGAGUUGUUUUUGUCGGCUAUGUACAUCAAUGUCGUGCCUUGCUUUCGUCUCAUAAUAAUUGCGAGCCAUGGUAUGACAAUGUUUUGGCGCUGCUAUGGAAGUUCCAUGCAAGUGAUACUCUGGAAAGAACCCUGCACCGGAUUCUAUGGGAGUAGUAUAAAGCACAUGCAUGCUUGGCUAGUACAUACAAUAUCUGAUUUUUUGUGUGUGUGUCAUUGCCAGGUACUAUGUUCAAACUGAUUGUCCAUAGUCAGAAAAGCAACUGAUUACACUGUUUGUUACUCUUUGAGUUGCAUCAUGUGUUUGAAAUACAUACAUUACAGCUUAGGUCAUGUGGGACAUUACAAUAUAAAGCACUGCAUGCAGAAUUUGCAGGGGUCGGCUA